AUGGAUUCAUCACCGCUCUACGCGAAGCUACCACGCGACUACCGAGGAUUCGUCUUAUCGUUCGAUGGAUCACAUCAGAGAAAUAUGAUGGUAGAGUUUGGCGGAGUGGAAAAUAGUGAUCGCUGCGAACGCUUACCUCCCGUCUACUACGCACAUGGUGCCGAGGAAUUAGUCAUAGUAGGCGACUCAAUGCUCCCGAUCCAGCAAUCUCUAGGGGUGAUAGCAUGUCGGAAGGAGUCCCUGAUGGCACUGCUGAAUACGCACAAAGAACACACGGUAAAGCUACUACCAGUUAAAUACCUUCACGUCGUGCGAGAAUAUAACGCUGUCGCUGAUCCGCUAGCCACCGAGGCUCUGGAGUCGAAAGAAGAGCGCUAUGUACAUGUGCUAGCCGGCAACGUACUUUCGCCACGCAAGACUUUUGAAAAAUUCGUGACCGACGAUAAUUCGAGCAAAAUGAACACCAUCGGAGCUAUUGCAGUAAUGACCAGACGACAAGCCAAGGCUAAACGUGUCCGAUUCGCCGAUGAACAUUCGGAACAACCGCCUAAAGACCAAGAACAGAGUAAAGACCGUGAUGGAGUAGUCAACGAGCAUUCUCCUAAUGACAUUUCACAAGACAAAUCCUCCAGCACUAAGCGGCCAUCAUCACCUGGUGCGGAUGAUGUCGACCCAGUAGAGAUACAACGAGAGCGACGCCGACAAAUAGCCAAGGCGCAGGACGAAGAACAGAAGUGGGCGAACCUGAAGAAAGUGCUUCGAGGAGAAGCAGAACGGAUGAGCUACAAAGAAGCUCGAAAUGCAUGGAAAUAUACAGGCCGAUUUGUUCUGUCAGAAGAUGGUGUGCUUCACUACCUGGGUUUAAACCGGCGAUACGACCACGGGUGGCAAGAGGAGACCAAGCUGCGUCUAGUGGUACUUACCACGAUGAUUCAAGAAGUAUUAUAG